CGCAGAAGACAUCGCCGGGGCGAGCUCCCGGGCGGUCAGGGCCGCGCGGACUGGCGCCUGCGCGCGCCGCGGAGCCCCGCGAAGUCCCCGCCCGGGUGCGGGAUGGCGGCCAGCCUGUGGAUGGGAGACCUGGAACCCUACAUGGAUGAGAACUUCAUCUCCAGAGCCUUUGCCACCAUGGGGGAGACCGUGAUGAGCGUGAAGAUUAUCCGAAACCGCCUCACUGGGAUCCCAGCUGGCUACUGUUUUGUAGAAUUCGCAGAUUUGGCCACAGCUGAGAAGUGUUUGCAUAAAAUUAAUGGGAAACCUCUUCCAGGAGCCACACCUGCAAAACGGUUUAAAUUGAACUAUGCCACUUAUGGGAAACAGCCGGAUAACAGCCCUGAGUACUCCCUCUUUGUGGGAGACCUGACCCCAGAUGUGGAUGAUGGCAUGCUGUAUGAAUUCUUCGUCAAGGUCUACCCCUCCUGUCGGGGAGGCAAGGUGGUUUUGGACCAGACAGGCGUGUCUAAGGGUUAUGGUUUUGUGAAAUUCACAGAUGAAUUGGAACAGAAGCGAGCCCUGACGGAGUGCCAGGGAGCAGUAGGACUGGGGUCUAAACCCGUGCGGCUGAGUGUGGCCAUCCCAAAAGCGAGCCGUGUAAAGCCAGUGGAGUAUAGUCAGAUGUACAGUUACAGCUACAACCAGUAUUACCAGCAGUACCAGAACUACUAUGCCCAGUGGGGCUAUGACCAGAACACAGGCAGCUACAGUUACAGCUACCCCCAGUACGGCUACACCCAAAGCACCAUGCAGACAUACGAAGAAGUCGGAGAUGAUGCGUUGGAAGACCCCAUGCCACAACUGGAUGUGACCGAGGCUAACAAAGAAUUCAUGGAGCAGAGCGAGGAGCUGUAUGAUGCACUCAUGGACUGUCACUGGCAGCCCCUGGACAGCGUCUCCUCAGAGAUCCCUGCUUUACUGUAGCUGGGAGAGGACAGAGCAGGAUGGACUGUGAGCAACUGGACACCUUUUUAAAUUGUCCACUUUUACUUUCAGAAACUAUUUGUAAGAUUGAAAUAAACUUAUUGAGAUUUUCUGCAA